CUGGCUUCCGGAGAACCAAUCAGCGUCACCGUCGUCACGGUACCACGCUUCCGCGGACCCAGCAGAACUGGAGAAGCCCCGGACCUCUAGGAUGCCGGGCGUGAGGCCCCCAACCGUCCUGCUGCUCUUCGAGGCCCUGGCGCUGACCCGGACCUGGGCUGGUCUGCACUCCCUGAGGUAUUUCUACACCGCCGAGUCCCGGCCCGGCCGCGGGGCGCCCCGCUUCACCGCUGUCGGCUACGUGGACGACACGCAGUUCGUGCGGUUCGACAGCGACGCCGCGAACCCGAGGAUGGAGCCGCGGGCGCCGUGGAUGGAGGGGCCGUGGGUGGAGCAGGUGGACCCGCAGUACUGGGACGUAGAGACGGGGAAUGUUAAGGAAACCGCACAGAAUUUCCGACUGAACCUGAACAAACUGCGCUCUCACUACAACCAGAGCGAGGAAGAGCCUCACACCUUCCAGUGGACCUACGGCUGCGAGGUGAAGUCAGACGGCAGCUUCCACCGCGGUUACGACCAGUUCGCGUACGAUGGCGCUGACUAUAUCGCUUUGAACGAGGACCUGAGCUCUUGGACCGCAGCGGACACGGCCGCUCAGAUGUCCCGGAACCUAUAUGAGAAAGUGCAUGAGGCGGAGGUCCAGAGGAACUACCUGGAGAGGGAGUGCGUAAAGUGGCUAUGCAGAUACUUAGAAAAAGGGAAUGAGACUCUGCGGCGUUCAGACCCUCCAGAGGCACGAGUGACCCGCCACCCCACCUCUGAGCGGGAGGCCACCCUGAGGUGCUGGGCGCGGGGCUUCUACCCUGCGGACAUCGCCCUGACCUGGCGGCGGGACGGGGAGGACCUGACCCAGGACACGGAGCUGGUGGAGACCAGGCCCACGGGGGACGGGACCUUCCAGACGUGGGCGGCAGUGGUUGUGCCGCGUGGGGAGGAGCAGAGAUACACGUGCCACGUGCAGCACGAGGGACUGUGGGAGCCACUGAUGCUUGGAUGGGAGCCCCCUCCUCAGACCAACACCAUCAUCAUCAUCUUGGGUAUCACUAGUGGCCUGGUCCUGCUUGGAGCUGUGGCGACUGCAGCUGUGAUGUGGGAGAGGAGGCGCUCAGGUGGAAAAGGAAGGAGCUAUGCUCAGGCUGCCAGCAGUGACAGUGACCAGGGUUCAGAUGUGUGUCUCAAAGCUUGUAAAGCGUGAGACAGCUGCCCUGUCGGGGAAUGAGUGAUGGAAGGUUUCUCACAAGCAUAUACCCGCCAGCCCCUGUUUGUGACUUCAGGGACAUCUCACUUCUCUUUCUGCAAAGAGCAUUUGAAUGUCUGUGCUCCCAUCAGCAUCAUGUGAGAAGGUGGGAGGUGGGCCCACCCCACUCACCAGCCCCCCUCCCCACACUCCCCUGCUCCAGCAGAGGUGGGGCGGGGCCCUCCCCAUCCCUGUCUGUGCUUCCUAGUGCCCUAAGCUGUAGCUCCUCACUCCCUUAUGAAAUAAGACUCUGGUUAUGAAUUUGUUUUUUCACUUUCUGCCAUUAAGGGCUGAUGGAGCUCAGACAGACUGGGAAUCACUAUGGUCAGUGACAGAGGAAUGGUUUUAAAUCCACACUUAAAAGUGUUUUGCAUUUUUCUUAGGGAGAAAAAUAUAUUGAGAUAUAAUGUUGGGAGUUACCAUGGGAUAGAGUCAGGUGGAAGAUUUAGGAAGUGGGCCCUGUGUCAGCAUAAUAAAAUCUCUGAGUGCUUGCUCUCUGAAACUGUUCCCCAGAUGUAUUUCUUGGAAUAUAUCUGGGGAACAGCAAACACUGGAAUCCCAAUUUUUUAUUUACAUAUAAAGUAUAUGUAUGAUAUUGGGGUCUAAUGUUAUUUUGGGGGAAGCCACAGAAGAGGCUCUAGGACACAGCCAGGAACAAUCGAGAGGCCAGCCUGGGUCGGGUCCCACACAGGAACCACUGCCUUGCUGCCGGGCACAGAUGUCAUCGCUAACCGCACUGACCCCUGAGGUGGGACCUGGUCCCUGCUGCUAGGACUGCUGUCUCUACUGCUCUAGCACCUGGACACUUAUGCCACUCCUGCCACUCUUGCCAAAUGUAUUCUGUAUAGUCCCAGCCCCUCUGUGUCACCACAUCCUGAGUCAGAGUCUGGCAUGUGGUCACCUGACUGGUGGGGCCUCAUGUUGUGUCUAGAAGCACAAAUGUUGGAGAACGUGGGUUUCCCUCUUUUAUGGAGGGAUGUGGUCUCUGCCUCUGACCAAGACUCUUCAUAUGUGGAAUUCUUUCCAUGUAGGAGGGAGUUCAGGUGCUGGGGUGAAGGAUGGAAAAAAAAAGACUAAUCUUAAUUGUUGGAGCAAAGAUCUGAGACUGAAAUUUCUGAUACUUUGCAGGCACUUAGGUUUUGCUGGAUGAACAGUGACUAAUAAAUGCUGUGUUUCUGCUCAUUCCCUUGAUUUUGUUACUAGGAUUCAGCAUUUCUCUACUCCAGUUUAUACUCUCAGAUAAGUGGGUGACUAAUAAAUGCUCACAUGAACAGUGACUAAUAAA